UCGAAGCACAUCUUUGUUACACUGUCUACACCAAAAAAAUUUAUAAAUUCAAAUUGAUUCGCAGUUCAUUUGGCUCUCUUUGCAAAAAAUCGUAAAUUCUUGUCUUUCGGAGUAUUCGGAACGGGGUUCACGCAACGCCGAAUGCUGCACUCAGUCGAGUUUUCUCUGUGGUGACAAUAUCCCUUUUUGAAACAAACGAAAAACAACGUCGGGUCUCAGCUGAAAGCAAAUCGCGCGUUCCUCAAAUGAAAACAAAUACUGAACCGAGCAGCGCUUAACUGUAAUUACAGCCGGAAAAGUGCCUGAAAUACGACAAGGGCGAAUCGGAGCAGCAAGAACUAUUUUGUUAUUCCUCAGAAAAAAGAAAAAACACAGUCGAAAAUCAAUGAUCAGGCGCUCAGCGAUAAAUGAUAAUAAGAGAGGCAACGGCAACAGGCAAAGCCCUCAAUUAAAGACGCGCGAGAUUCGCCUCUCCGAUUUGAUAUGUUCCCAAGCAUAGCCAGCUGAAUCCUCAACUGUGGACACCACGUGGCAAUGGAAAUUUGUGUGUUGGCCAAACCAAGGAAACUGUGUGCAAAGCAGCGACUGACCUAGCGAGAGUCCGAGUCAGAGCCGGAGAACAGGAACAGCGAGAACGAGAGAGAGAGAGUGAGAGUGCGAGUACGAGAGAAUUAACAGAGUACAGAGCAAGAGAGGGAGAGAGCAAGAGAGUGUGUCUGCCACUCUCUGUCUGUGUGCGUGUGUGUGUGCGCGUGUGUGUGUGCGCGCGUGUGUGUGUGCGUGCGUGUGUGUGAAGCAUGCGUAACAAGCUCAGCCAGGCCAAGCGGCAACCCACUGAGCAUGCGGACAGCAGCUUUGAGCUGGAUGAACACGAGCCGACGAUCAGACACUUGACAACCAACAGCAACAACUCCAACAUCAUCAACACCUCCAACAUCAUCAACACCAACAACAACAACAACACGUCGCAUAUCAAGGAUGAGUCGGAUGCGGGCGAGCUAACGGACACGCUGAGCACGCACAGCAGCAGCUCCACGCCUACGACGGCCGAUGUGGCAGAUGUUGCGGAUGCGGAUACCGUAAGCUCGUUGCCGCUCUCACCUGCCAACUAUGCUGCCAGUAGCGGAGGCUGCGGCGCGCAGCUGGUGAAGCGGCAUGCCACAACGCUCAAGCAGCAACAGCUGCAGCUGCCGGCGGAGACGGCGACUUCCAACAUUGCGGACACGACCAACAGCCAGCUGCGGGAUGAGGAUAAUGUGCCCACGUCAUCGCGCUAUGCGGCGCAUCCGAGCGCCGCGUUUGCAGAGACCACGGCACAGGGCGCCUCCAGAACAGUUGGUGGCACACAUCGACGCACCCUGUCGGCCGCCUCAUACAUCUCGAUGCGUGCGCAGCCCUUAAAUGGGCCGCCGCCACCGGAGCCGCCAAAACGGAAUCGCUUCUUCGAAUGGAUACGCUUCGGCUGUAAAUUCUGCUGCUGCAAGAGUUCGGGAAUUGGCGAGCCGAGUGUGCAUCAUGCGCUGGUUGUGAUAUUUUUAGAGUUCUUCGCCUGGGGCCUGCUAACCAUGCCUAUUAUAUCGACGCUCAAUCGUACAUUUCCGGAUCAUACGUUCCUCAUGAACGGCCUGGUGAUGGGCAUCAAGGGCAUACUGUCAUUCCUGUCGGCGCCAUUGAUAGGCGCCCUAUCCGACAUCUGGGGUCGUAAAUUUUUCCUAUUAGUUACAGUAUUCUUCACAUGUAUGCCCAUACCGCUGAUGUGCGUAAAUACGUGGUGGUUCUUUGCCUUGAUCUCAAUUAGUGGCGCAUUUGCCGUCACCUUUUCGGUGGUGUUCGCCUAUGUGGCCGAUGUCACCACGCCGGAGGAGCGCUCCAAGGCCUACGGCCUGGCGUCGGCCACAUUUGCCGCCAGUCUGGUCAUCUCGCCAGCGCUGGGCAAUGCUCUGAUGGACAUGUACGGUGAUGCAUUGGUGGUGGCUCUGUCCACGGCCAUUGCCGUGUUGGAUGUAUUCUUUAUUCUAGUCGCUGUGCCGGAGAGCUUGUCCGAAAAGAUGCGACCCGCCUCAUGGGGUGCGCCCAUCAGCUGGGAGCAAGCCGAUCCCUUUCUGGCACUACGCAAGGUGGGCACAGACAAGACAGUCUUGAUGCUGUGCCUCACUGUGCUGCUCUCCUAUCUGCCCGAGGCCGGCGAGUACUCCUGCAUGUUUGUCUACCUCAAGCUGAAAAUGGGCUUCAACUAUGUUGAGGUGUCCAUUUUUAUAGCCGUUGUGGGCAUACUCAGCAUUACGGUCCAAGUGACACUGGGAUCGUUCAUGAAAGUCUUUGGCGCCAAGCGCACUAUCAUUGUGGGCCUAGCCCUCGAGUUGGUUCAACUGCUUUGGUACGGCCUGGGCAGUCAGAAGUGGAUGAUGUGGUCGGCGGGCGUUGUGGCAGCGCUGGGUUCGAUUACUUAUCCGGCGAUCAGCGCGUUUGUCUCACUGUAUGCCUCGCCCGAGAGUCAGGGUGCUGUGCAGGGCAUGAUCACGGGCAUGCGCGGCCUGUGCAAUGGCCUGGGCCCGGCUGUCUUUGGCGUUAUCUUCUAUCUGUUCAAUGUUGAUUUAAAUCCCGAUCAUGAGUCCAUUGUGAAUAACAGUCAUCCGACGAACGUUGAGAAGAUAUCGAUGCAUGUGCCGGGUCCGCCAUUUGUGUUUGGUGCCCUGUGCGUCUUCUGUGCCAUUGUCGUGGCCGCCUUCAUACCCGAGAGCCAGCAGGCGGUGCUGGAAAAGAAACGUGCCUCGCUCGAUGUCCAGUACGAGAUCGAGACGGGCCACAAGGUGCCCAGCUCCUUGGCGCCGCUGAUACGCUCCGAUUCGCUGGCGCAGCUCUAGUCUGCCACGCCCCCAUCGUCAAUACAGCUGGUGUCUAAAAUAAAUGAUACGAUUUAGUAAUUGUAACAAAUGCUGUAACUAGUUUCGCUUUAGUUUAAAUGCAAAAAGAAAACACAAGUUAGAAUUUGACAAAAAAACGUUAUUGUUAAGUAAUUUCUGUUCUCUUUCCUUGCCGCAUGUGAUUUGCAUUUUCGAUUCACAUUUAAAUAUUGUACAAUUAUUGAUUUCAUAAUUCAUUUAUGAACGGACUCCGCUUGCCCGCAAAAAAACCAACAUAAUAAUAAUAGUUAUAAACGCAGCCUGUGUUAAUUUUCGUAUUCAAUUUUGUAACAUCACAGCGACAAAUCGUUGAGCAUAACAAUUUUGUUUUGUAUCAACUGGAAACAAACAUAAACAAACUGCCAAAUAAAAAAAUAGCAUUCGUAUUGUUUAUUUAUUUGUGCAAAGUGCAGCACAAACAAAAAAAAAACAAAAUUAAUCAUUUUUUCGGCGGCCUCAUAUAUUAUUAUGUAGAAAUUGUUUAUGUUCAGCAGUCGAAACGAAAUACAAACAAAUUAUAAUUAUAAUUAAUUAAUUAGUAUUAACUGAAUAGUCAGCUUUACUUUGCAAUUGUUUAGUGAUCUGUUGUCGAGAGUCGCAAAAGAAACAACAAAUAUAGUUCAUAACAAAUACUAUAAAUAAUAAUGCUAACUGUGGAAUAGUUUUUAUUUUGAUAAACAAACAAAACAAAACAACAACAAAUUGCAAAUUAAUAUUAUUGUUUUUAAAUAUCAAGGCUUAGGCAUAAUCAUUAAAUAAGCCAGUGCGUAUGUGUCUAGCUCUUAAGUAGUUGUAAAGUUUUUUGCACGUGCUAUCAGGGUGCAAAGUUUCACAACAAAUAAUAUAUAUAAUAUAAAUAUAUUAAAUAUAUAUUUUUGAUUUUGAAACGCAAUUAAUGUAACGCAGUUCAAUGUAAAACUGAAACCAAAUUUCUAAUGUAAAUUAUUUAACAUAGAUGACAAACUGUUUGUAUACAUGCAUAACAAACAAAUAAAUAUAUAUAUAUAUAUAUAUAUAUAUAUAUUUAUUAACAUAAAUGUAUGUACAAAAAACAAAAUGCAAGAUGUGAAAUUAGAAAAUCAACCAAGAGUUAUUAACAAGAGCAACAACAACAACAACAAAAUGUGUAACAAAUAAAGAUAUGGUUUGAUGAAAUCCUACAAAAGCAUUUUACAAAUCCUGUAACCAAA